ACGACUAUGACUUCCCUCGACAAGUCUAAGGAUCAGUCGGAGAUCCCUGUGCAUAGGGAGAAUGUUGACAGCAAAGACACGUUCUCCUUCCGCAGCGGUUCUCCAGGAGUCGAUGAAGCACCCAUGAAAGGGAUUGAUGCAGAGAUCGCUGAGUUCUUCAACGAGACAGCGGCGGGUGUGACCAAACCCAUCGUUGUUAUCGACGACGCUACGAAUCGGCGCUUGAGGUGGAUGAUCCAUAAGCGCGUCUUGGUGGUUAUGGUGGUCACGUACUUCGCACAGACCUUGGAUAAGGGGACCUUGAACUUUGCCUCCAUCAUGGGGAUCCAACAAGACACGAAGCUUCACGGGCAGCAGUAUGCAUGGCUGACCACAUGUGUCUACAUCGCAAUCCUCUGCUGGGAAUUUCCGGCCAAUCGGUUAAUCCAACGGCUUCCUAUCGCGAAGCUACUGGCGUUCAACAUUACCGCCUGGGGUGCCGUCCUAGCCUGUACCGCCGCAUGCCACAACUUCACUGGCCUCGUUAUCGUCCGAACACUCCUGGGGAUCUUCGAAUGCGUCUGCCAGCCUGCCUUCGUUUUCAUGUCAACGAUGUGGUACACGAGGGAAGAGCAGGCCCUGGUCAUCGGCGCUUUUUACUCGAUGAAUGGCUUCCAACAAUGCGUCGGCGGUCUCAUCGCAUAUGGGAUCUACCACAUCCAACAUGGUGUGCUCAAGAACUGGCAGAUACUAUUCACGCUUCUCGGUGCUAUCACUGUUGUUUGGGGAUGCUUUGUCUUAUGGUGGUUGCCCGACUCUCCCAUGCGUGCUCGCUGCUUUUCGCUUGAGGACCGAUUACUUAUGACUGAGCGGGUGCGGAAGAACGAGACUGGUAUUCAGAACAAGACGUUCAAGAAAUACCAAAUGAUUGAGGCUCUCACUGAUCCCACCGUAUGGGCCGUUACCCUCAUUUCCUUCACGAACGCCUUACCCACAGGAGGACUGGGUGCUUUUUCCAACUUGAUCAUCAGUGCCUUUGGCUACACAACGUUGCAGACGUAUCUACUCGCGAUUGCCCAGGGCGGCGUCAUUAUGACCUUCUUGUUCACGGCAGCGUAUCUUUGCAAGAAGAACAAGCUCAUGUUUGCCUUCCUGUAUACCAUACCGAAUGUUAUAGGAACGAUUGUGUUCAUAACCGUCCCUACGAAUGACCACACAAAAGUCGGACUUCUAAUCGCCUUCUACUGCACGCAAGGCUUUGGAGCGGUCGCUGUCCUCAAUUUGGCCGUUAUGUCGAACAAUAUUGGCGGUCGUACGAAGCAGGUUAUGGUUUCGUCUAUGGUCUUCAUUGCCUGGGCAGUCGGAAAUGCAGUCGGACCCCAAGUCUUCCAAAGCAACGAUGCACCGCGCUACGUCAAAGCCUUCAUCGCCCACAUAGUCGUCUACGGCGUCCAGCUCGUCACCAUCGUCUUCCUCCGCCUCCGUCUCAUGCGUCUCAACGCGCUCAAGAGGCGGGCUCAGCUCGCGGCGGAGAGCGAAGACCCGGCGGCAGAGCGUAUCGAGCAUAGGCAUGCCUUCGAUGAUCUGACGGACAAGGAAAACCCGGACUUCCGUUACACCUACUGAUAUCGAAGUCGGUGAUAACGUGGAUGAGGGGACGUUGCUCUUUUUUAUCAUUUAGGACGUUUUGUGCGUGAUUGUGGUGGUUACUUUCGCACGACCUUGUACUUUAGUUUUGUCGGACUGCCGAUAUGUACUUUAUUUGCAUGUUUUUACGAGUUACGCUACGAAAGAAUGAAUCCUAGUGCGCAGCU